GACGCUCCCCAGGUGGACUGGACCACCUGGUACAUGUAUGAGGAUGAAAAUGAAUGUGUUACGUUUUGCUUUGGUUGCUGUCACAGAGUGUGCAGUAGCGAGAGGGGGAGUGGGUGGAGGAGGAAGGUUUAAAUUACAGGUUUCACAUCUUACGUGAUUGAUGCGUAGCUUCGCUACCACAUCGUCACCUUUCCAUCGACGAGGAAACAACUCAACGCGUGAGCUAUGGAUCCACUGGACGAAGGAUUUGAAAACGUGACUGAUUACAAUUACCUGAACCCACCAUGUGUCUACAAGAACAAUCACAGCCUGGAGCUGGUGAUGGGCCCAUACGUCCACUCCAUCAUCUGCAUCCUGGGCUUCAUGGGCAACAGCCUGGUGAUUGUCACCUACGCCUGCUACAAGCGGACCAAGUCCAUGACGGACAUCUACCUGCUCAACGUGGCCGUGGCAGACCUGCUGUUCGUGGUGACGCUGCCGUUCAUCGUCUACAACGAGCUGUGGUCGUGGUCCAUGGGCCCGGUGGCCUGCAAGCUGCUGCGGGGCUCCUACAGCGUCAACCUGUACAGCGGCAUGUUGCUCCUGGCCUGCAUCAGCACCGACCGCUACAUCGCCAUCGUCCAGGCCCGCCGCAGCUUCCGGCUGCGCUCCCUGUUCUACAGCCGGCUGACCUGCGCCGUGGUUUGGGUCUGUGCCGUGCUGCUGUCCUUCCCCACCUUCUACUUCUACCACUGGUACGAGCCCUCUCACUCCAGGGAGGCGUUCAUGUGGAACCCCGUCACGCCCGAUGCUCUGGACUACAACAGCACCUACGGCUGGGCCCCUGAGGGCGACGGCGCCCAGCCGCCCCAGUACGUGUGCGAGUUCCGCUUCGCUGACAACGGCACGGCCUGGAGGACCAAGGUGGCGGUGCCCAGCACGCAGCUCGCCGUGGGCUUCUUCCUGCCGCUCUUCGUCAUGAUCUUCUGCUACACCGCUGUCAUCGUCACGCUGCUCAGGGCCAAGAACUUCCAGCGCCACAAGGCGGUGCGGGUGGUUCUGGCUGUGGUGGCCGUGUUCAUCGUGUGCCACCUGCCCUACAACAUCACCUUAUUCUACGACACGCUUGGCAUGUUCGACCAGCACACGUGUGAGGAGUCGGACGCCCUGCAGACGGUCAAGACGCUGACGCAGACCGUGGCCUACCUGCACUGCUGCCUCAACCCGGUGCUGUACGCCUUCAUCGGGGUCAAGUUCAGGAACCACUUCAGGAAGAUCGUCCAGGACCUGUGGUGCCUGGGGAAGCGGUACAUCGCUCCCCGCCGCUUCUCCAGGGUCACCUCCGAGAUCUAUAUGUCCACUCGCAAAUCUGUAGACGGAUCCAGCGAGAAUGGCUCCUCCUUCACCAUGUGAUCCCGACCCGACCCGACCCGACCCAACCCGCCGCAGGAGCCUGGACGACUCGGACACCUCUCAGUCUCUUCGUUGUCUCCGUUUCUUUCGUGUGGGCGUGGCUUCAUGUUGACCUUUGACCUGGUCCCUGAGACCCUGCUGCGUUGGCAGAUGUGUGCCUUUGUGUUUGGUCCUGAAGGUCCAGUCUGUUCCACCGGGUUUGCAAGUAGCUUCUGCACAUUAAAUGUGUUUCAUGCUGGAUUUUCAGGCGAUGUCUGUUUUUUCAGUGUGAACAGAUCCAUUUUUCUGGCCAGUGUGAGAUUAAAGAUUACUAAAUAAAUAAAGCCUUCUCUACGUUCUGUCUCCUGUGA